UUCGCCUGAGUAGAAUAAACGGCUGGCGCGCACGCGCGAGUGACCGUGUCCUUCAAUCAAGUCAGUCAGUCAGUGCACGCGACGCGUCGGUUGGCUGCGCGUUCUAAAACUAACGGUUACCGUUAACCGUAAUAAGAGAGAGUGUGUGUGUGUGUGUGUUCACACACGCUCUCUCUCACUCUCUCUCUCUCUCACUCUUCACGCACACUCACCGCACAUCACCCCCGCUACAACCUACAACAAUUACACACACACACACACACACACACACACACACAGCUGGCUUAGCUCGGCUAACGUCGCGCUACUCUGACUGAAUACUGGCGGCGUCGUCGUCGUGUCGUCGUCGGUGUGUGUGCCGGUGAUAGUUUCGUGUUGUUAUGUGUGAACGUGGCUGUCGGUUGUUGAAGUAACGGAUUAUCUCGCAUCACCUCCUCCUCCUCCUCCUCCUCCUCCUCGGCUUUACCGGGAGCCGCCAUGGAAUGCCGCGUCCUGUCCAUACAGAGCCAUGUAGUCCGGGGAUACGUGGGCAACAAGAGCGCCUCUUUCCCGUUACAGGUUUUAGGGUUUGAGGUGGACUCCAUCAACUCUGUCCAGUUCUCCAACCACACAGGUUAUUCUCAUUGGAAAGGCCAGGUGUUGACGGCAGAUGAGCUCCAUGUUCUUUACGAAGGAAUCAAACUGAACAACGUACACCAGUAUGAUUAUGUUUUAACAGGGUAUACCAGAGACACAUCCUUCUUGGAGAUGGUAGUGGAUAUUGUUCAGGAGCUAAAAAGAGCCAACCCCAACCUGGUCUAUGUAUGCGACCCCGUCCUCGGUGAUCAUGGCUCUAUGUAUGUUCCUCAGAAUCUUUACCCGGUCUAUAAGAACAAGGUGGUUCCAGUCGCUGACAUCAUUACUCCUAACCAGUUCGAGGCUGAAUUAUUGACCGGUAAAAACAUCAGCACAGAGAAAGAUGCUGUGGAGGUUAUGGACCUUCUCCAUGCUAUGGGCCCGGACACAGUGGUCAUCACCUCCUCUGAUCUGCCCUCCAGACUGGGAGACCGCUUCCUUGUGUCAUUGGGCAGCCAGCGCCAUGUCCGUCCAGACGGCAGCAGGACGACACAGAGAGUUCGAAUAGAAGUUCCCAAAGUGGACGCCGUCUUUGUAGGAACUGGAGAUUUGUUUGCUGCUAUGCUGCUAGCGUGGACACACCACUACCCUAAUGACCUAAAGAUGGCCUGUGAGAAGACUUUUUCAGUGAUGCACCAUGUUAUCCAGAGGACCAUUUCGUACGCUCACGAGUUAGCAGGUCCUGGUCGGAGGCCCAGUCCGCCCCAGCUGGAGCUGAGGAUGGUUCAAAGUAAAGCUGACAUAGAGGACCCUGCUAUAGUUACGGAGGCCACGGUCAUAUCCUAACAUUACCGACCCAUAAGACUCAUACUAACCGUGUCCUCUUCACCCAUAAAUCUCUCAAAUCCUGUAUCUCGGUAAAACUCUCAUCGCUGUAAACCUUGACUUGUCAUUUCCAAACUUCAACACCUCAUCAUCCAGACUCCUGAAACCCCUUAGUAUUGUAACCCCCUUUAGUCCUAAACCCUUUUACCCCUUUAAGUGUCCUAACCCCUUAAAACCGAACCUGUAACUCCUGCGCCCCUUUACCCAAACCCUGUUUGGCAACCAGAGCCAUGGAUAGACAGAGAGUUUGGUCACCUUGGACUGUGGCGGCCUGUUGCUGCCUCUUCUCUAACAGGGUAUGUGAGUGGAAAAAUGCAGGGUUCAAGUGUUAUUUCUCACUCCAAGCAUAACACAAAUAAACGCUACAUAUAUAAAGGUUUAAAAAAUAUAAGGGUGAGGAGGUUAAUUGGAAAAACAUUAAGGGUUUAGUCAUCAGCAUGAUUGGGAAACGGUUUUGUCCGAUUUGGACGAAGGUGAUGGACCAGACAUGGAGUAGCCGUUUGUCUGAGGAGUUCUAGUUAGUACUCCAUGGAGGGUUUUUUUUUUAAGCAAAAUUGUGAAUUCACAUUUGAAAAUAUCUAUUAACACUUACCAUAAUGAGUUAUGACAAGAUAGGAGAAGCUCCCUGAAAGAGUGACUGGACUUACCACGCUGUGAAGUAUCUUUUCCUUUUUUCUUCUUGGUUGAAAGUUUCUAUGGUUAGACAUGCUCUGUUGCACCCGUAACCACACCCAACAGUGAUGUUACGUCAAGACUUUUCUGUUAGUUUGGUUUGUAAAAUGGCGCUGAGGCACAAAGUCUAAAUGUAGCAGAAAGUUUGCUGUUGAAUUUGGAAACUGCAACAUAUUUGCAGCGUUUACCCUAAAAAGUGACCCACAAACCAUAAAGUGGCUGCUGAAUUAACUCUACCUCUAAAUUAUGAAACGUUAAACUUGCCUAUACUUUAUCGCUCUAUUACUGCCACUCCACUCAACUCACAUACUCUCGCGGUGGGUCCUCCACACCAGUCGCCAAGCAGCAGGAUUGCAGCACUAACACUGGUACGAUUAUAAUGAUCAAACACUGUGUAUCGAUGGCUCUGCCCACCACUGUUUGGACCCCCUUCCCCGUCUUACAGCAGUGAUGUAAUGGUGACCAAGUCUAACCCCUGAGACCCCUUGAAAAUAUAACAAAGGAAAAAAAAAACGCACAAUGUAUAGUUGAUGUAUAGAUGUUGUACUAUAACUGUAUUGGACCAUCUGUAUGAUAUCUUCUAUCUGAUCUGUCUAUUGGACCAUUGUGUUGAUGCUACUGUACUAUAGACCACACGCACUACAAUAUCACCCAAACCAGAGACAUUUGGGCUGGUUCUGGCACUCCUGGAGGCUCCAGUGGCUCCAGCCGUUGUCUCUUGUUAGUAAUAGGUAACUGUCUUAAUAGUCAUAGUAUAUAGUUAAACCUCUUUCAUCUCAACAUCACACAACAUAAAGAAAAAUAGGCAACCUGAGCUGUCUGAGCCGUCCCCGGCCGGUUUUAACCUGUGCUUAGACCAAUCAGAAAAUUGGCUACCUCGGUGCCAGAACCAACCCACAUCAUGCCGGGCGGUUCCCGGCCCAGCUCUGGCCCAGAACCCUAUAUCUGAGAGUUGUGCCACUGAAUUUACUGGAUGCCUCGAGUAGUUGUAAGAAGAGACUCUCGUCAUCAGAGCAGGAGACUUUUUCCCUCCCCUCGCACGUCCACUCGCAAACAGCUCUGUUUUUUUUUUUACGUCACACUCCACUGUGCUUCAACAACAGACAUGAUGCCAGUAGGUCGAAAUUUAAUAUAAUAGCAAGAGCUGCAGUAAAAUCUGGGUCAACUGAUGUCUGUUUAAAAUAACUGUGGCCCUGUUAGCAAAGUGUAGAAUAUCUGUACUUUUUAUUAUUGUCUCGUCUUUUUUUAAAUCUAGUUAUUGUCCUUAAAAUGCCUGUCAUUAUUUUUUCAGAGCCCAACGUGACUUUCAGAUUUCAUGUUUUUCCCAGCAAACAGCCCCAAACCCAAAAAGUGAAGUGAAGCCAAUGCGGAAGUGCCAAAAACUGCACUGGCUGAUUUGAUAUUGUACAGUCAGUCUAAAGUCUUAGAUGAUGAUGAUGAUGAUGAUGAUGAUGAUGGUCAUAAAAAUCUUGGGGCUUGAUUAAUAAUCAGGCCUCUAUCAGGCGUUACAAUCUUCUGUUUGUCACGGUGGAGUGUGAUCAGAGAGGGUGAUCCGCGACAGUGGUCGUGAGCCGGUUUCAAACCAAUGAUGUCGCGAGAACUUGGCAUGUGCCUUAGCCCGCUGAGCUACCAGGGCACCGCAGGAGAUGAUUUUAAUGCAAUUUCUUUUUGUGUUUUUAUUAUUCCUCCCUCUCGUUGCGUUCUGUUUUUAUUGUUCGGUAGUUAUUUUAGAGGAAAAACAGCUAAAAUCUCAAUUAACUUUGCUUGGCAACAACAAACCGUUUUGGAAAGAGUAAACCACAAAAACCGGAGGCUUAAAAAAAACAAAGAAAAGAGAAAUCCAGACGCCAUCAGUGUCCCACCUGAGUUGGAUGUAAGGUUCUGGGCAGGCCAGUGUAAUUCUGUACUGCUGUUGUUUCUCUAUGGACUGUACUGUGAUACUGCCUUAGGAACCUAACAUCAUAACACCACAAUACUGCUCACUGAGGGAGAGGUGGAGAGGGAGGAGGAGGAGGAGGAGGAAGGAAAGGAAGGAAGGAAACAUGAGAUGUCUUAAACGUUGAUGCUUUUGACUGCAAAUUUCUUCUACAGUGCGCCUGAAAUGAGAUUUGAAGAUCUGUUUGAACCUACAGUAUAAACAUUUUAUUUUAGGGGCUGAAAUUAUUGACAUCAUUAUUGAUUAGUGUGAUUCUGAUUAACCAAUUUAAUAGUUUGGUUUAUAAAAUGGCAGAAAAUUGUGAGAAAUGCCACAAAAAAAAUCACAAUUUUCUUCAAAUCAAAACAUUUUUUUUUUCCAACUAACAACUCAAAAUCCAAAGACAGACCGACGAAAAAACAGAAAAGCAGAAGCAGCUAAAUCUCUUUUUCUCCUCAAAUUGAGGAAAGUCGAACGACUAAUUGAUUUAUCAUUUGAGCCCCGACAUUCUUCUUUUUUGUUCUCAUAGAGAGACUCAAAGGUACCUCUUGGAGUAAUGGUAGGGGGGGAAGAAAAUUGAAGUCUCAUUUUUAAUAAUUGCAGCAGUUAAUAUUGAUUUAUUUCUUUUGUAUUGUGCCACUGUAGCACUGAUUGUCAUAUCAGUAAACGGAUGUGCCGUGUCUGUGUGCUUGGCCAACCAGCUUUCAGCUCUGCUAUAAU